AAGGCAAAAGAAGUGCGGAAAGAGCAGUGUGUGAUUUCAGGUAGUGCUGCUACUCGUGGACACGAUGAUUUAUUCUCGGAACUGGAAGCAACGCUCAGCAAGCGUAAAAAUCAAUGCGAUAAUGCUGAUUCACGCUCCAUUGGAAGUGACACAGCAGCAUCGACAACGAAUGCCACCAAUGGUACUUUACGUCGUCCAUGGGAGAAGCAAGUGAAUGGCAAUGGAAGUGUGACCGAUUCACCAAAAACACAUCGCAAGUAA